AGUUGCGCGGGUAUCGGCCUUGCUCUAUGUAUUCUUCACCGAAGUUUAAUGUUAUCUAAACAAACGACAAGCUACCUAUGCAAGCUAACAAAACCGAAACUUAAUUUAGAAAUCGUCUUGUGCUGCCUCCAGCGGUCACUUGUAACAAACCACAAUAACCUAAACGUGCCAGGCCUAGCCAACCGGAAAAAUUGCGGGAGAAGUUGCGCGGGUAUCGGCCUUGCUCUAUGUAUUCUUCACCGAAGUUUAAUGUUAUCUAAACAAACGACAAGCUACCUAUGCAAGCUAACAAAACCGAAACUUAAUUUAGAAAUCGUCUUGUGCUGCCUCCAGCGGUCACUUGUAACAAACCACAAUAACCUAAACGUGCCAGGCCUAGCCGACCGGAAAAAUUGCGGGAGAAGUUGCGCGGGUAUCGGCCUUGUGAAACUUUCGGAUAAGAUGCUGUUUUCGGGGUUUCGAAGAAAACGGCACCUCAAAGUCGGCGACUCUGAGAACGAAUUGAGUCGAAGAAAGUCACUGUUGCAGUUUUAUCACAAGGCUCCGACGGAUGACAUUUCGCUCGAGGAGUUCGAACAACUGGCCGUCGAAAGACUCAAAGUUCUGCGUGCGUUUGAGAUCGCUGCAGCCAAGUUCAACAAGUUUUCACAGGAGUACCGCGAUUCCGUGGUUGCUGAUCUGCGCAGGCAGAAACUACACGCCUACGUUGGCCAUGUACCCGAAGACAGUGCCGGUGCCGCCAUUUUGCGCAAGGAUAACAUUUCUCAUUUCAUCCUGUUGCUGGCCUUCUGUCAAACCCAGGAUCUUCGUCGCUGGUUCAUCGGCAUGGAGAUAGAUCUGUUUCGGUUUCGACUUCAAAACGAAAGCCAGGCGGGACUCCAGGAUUUCUUCAGAGACUCCAAAAUGGACUUCAAAGCCAUUUCUGCCGAGGAGAAGGCUGCACAUGCGGAAGACAUCAUUGACUCAUCUCGAGACCUCACGGCCACGAAGCUAGAGACAAUGGACGUGUACAAGGUGCCCUUCACAGAGGUGCUGAAGCUGGUGUCGGAGCGGGCCGUAUUCCUGCGGGGAGGCGAGGCAUACGUGCCGGCCGAGAGCAUCGGGGCAGUGGUAGAGUCGCGCUACCGCGUGCACCUGUCGCAGAUGCUGGCCCAGACCGCCCGGGCCCUGCCCCGACUGGAUGAGGAGGACCGCUUGCUCCCGAUCCUCCGUGCCCUCACCAAGAUGGAGGUGGGGUGCGGCUUCGACGCGGCGCAGGCCACGGACGCCGUCACGCCCGAGAUGAUCGACCAGCUGUCGAAGGAGUCCUUCCCGCUCUGCAUGAAGUCGAUCCACACUGCCCUGCGGUCCAACCACCACCUGCGACACGGGGCGCGGAUGCAGUACGGGCUCUUCCUCAAGGGGGUCGGGCUGGGACUCCAGGACGCCCUCCGCUUCUGGAGGGAGGAGUUCUCCAAGCACGUCGGAGCCGAGAACUUUGACAAGAGGUACAGCUACAACAUCCGGCACAACUACGGCACGGAGGGCAAGCGGACAAACUACACGCCGUACAGCUGCGGCAAGAUCAUCACCACCAACCCGCCCGGUCCCGGCGACGCCCAUGGGUGUCCGUUCAGGCACUUUGACCACAAAAAGCUCGAAGAGAGACUCAAAGAAGAAGGCGUCAGGGACGCCAAUCUCAGAGAGGUGAUGGACUACGUGGAUAAGGGCCACUACCAGCUGGCUUGCACCGCCACCUUCCGCAUCACACAGAAAUCUCCCGAACUGGCACAGGUCAUCGGGCACCCCAACGAGUACUACCAACUCAGCCGACAAUUCAGGGACACCUCCGCGAGCAAGGACGGCAAGACUGGUUCUAUGAGGUCGAUUGAGACGACCAAAUCGCUGAUGUACUCGCAGCCCGUCGGAAAACAGAAGGACGAAUUCGACGACGACGCAGACCUUGACAAGAUCCUUGCCGAGGCCGAGAUGAAAGGAGCCGAAGCCGAGCCCGAGGAGACGGCCAUGGAACACUGAGGUCGUCCGGUGGUCCCCUUUUCGCCGGUAUUUAUCAUCCUCGUCCUGUGCUCCCGAAAGUAUAGAGCCUCGACAGUCAAUCUUGCACAUCUUUUAAUGAUCUAUGAAAGUGUUCGAGGUGGUAAGAAAAAAUAAAUAAAGUCGAACGUUGAACGACACUUGUAAAGAA